AUGUCCCACCACCGUCUUCCGCCAACCCAGCCCACCACCACCGUCUUCAUGCCGUCACACACCACCACGUCUUCCUCCGCCGCCACCAUCCUCCACCCACCAUCUUCCGCCACUACCACUCACCACCACUUUUCCACUACCUUCUUCCGUUUACCACCACUACCAGCUUGCCCACCACUUUCCAUAUUACCGUCUUUCGCGCCACCACCCCACCACCUGCCCACCAUUUUCCACCACCGUCUUCCGCUGUCACCACCCGCCGACCAUCAUCUUCGCCACUUGCCACCCGCCAUCACUUAUCCACCACUAUCUUUCGCUGCCACCACCUCACCACCUGCCACCACAUUCUUGCCGCCACCACCCGCCACUUGCCACCACUUGUCCACCACCGGUCUUUUCGUUCCCCACCACUCACCCCACCCGCCACUACCACCCGCUACACUUUCACCAACAUUCUUCCGCUGUCACCCACCUGCCACCACUUUCCACCAUCGUCUUUCGCCAUCCCACCACCCGCCACUUGCCACCACUUUCAACUACCGUCUUCCACCGCACCACCACCUGCCACCACUUGUCCACCACCGUUUUCUACCGCCACCACCGUCUAUUAGCCACCACUUUCCCGACCAAUCAUCUUCGCGCUUCUUACCACCUGCCUACCACUUUCCAUCCAUUGUCUUCCGCCACCACCACCUGCCACCACUUUUUCCACCAUCGUCUCCGUCACCACCCUUCAUUCACUGUCUUCUGCUGCCACACCCAAACCAUCUGCUUUCUAUACCCAUCACCCGGCCACUCGCCACCCGCCAUUCAUCGUCUCUUCCGUCGACACCCACUGGCCACCACCCACCACUACCGUCUUCCGUCGCCACCCACCCGCCACCACCAUCUUCCGCUCACCAUUCUACACCACUCAAUCACCACCCGCCACACCACCACUCACAUUUCUUACUUUUUUAG